CGGGAGGAGUCCGAGCUGCGGGGGUUGGAGCAUCGCCGGAGGAGCCCGGCACCUGCCCCGCAGCCAGGUGUGCGCCGCCGGCGCCAUGGGAGGCCCCGCGCCGCGCCGAGGGGGUGCCCGGCGAGGGGCGGCUGCUCCGCCUCAGCCGCGCUGAGCCCGGCGCUGCUCCGCGGGGACCGGAGAGCAGCGACAUGGACUGCCCGCCGCAGCCGCCGGCCGCCUCCUAGUCCCGCUGCAGCGGCUGUGGGGCGCGUCGGGCAUGGCCCAGCGUGACGAGAGCGACGGAGGGCAGCGCUACCCCGUUCCCAGUUGGACCAAGACAACUGAUGCAAAUUUAUCCAACUCUUUAAAUGGUUUGACCUUCGUGGGAGUUCUGGAUGCAAGAGUGGGUGGCACUAUCGAGGGCCUUCAAAACUUGAGCUCUGGGACCCUGAGAGAUCUCUCACUGCCUGAGUAUGGACCCGGCCUGCUGUCCAGUGCUUUAGAAGACUGUCAUAGCCUUAAAUCAGUGGAUUCUGGCAUUCCAACUCUAGAAAUAGGAAAUCCAGAGCCUGUUCACUGCAGUGUGUUGAGUGUGAAGAGAAAGCAAUCAGAGCCUGAGCUCGUGCCUGACAGGGCUUUCCAGAGCGCGUGCACGCUGCCGCCGUAUGUGCCUCCGCAUCCGCUGAGCGCUGAGCGCGACCACGCCGUGCGGAAAUCCUCGACCUUCCCAAGAACGGGCUACGACACUGUCAAGCUUUACAGUCCAACCUCAAAGACUCUAAAUCGAAGCGAUGAUAUCUCUGUUUGUAGUGUGUCUAGUCUUAGCACAGAACUGUCAACAACUUUAUCAGUCAGCAACGAAGACAUUUUGGACUUUGUGGUCACCAGCAGUUCAAGUGCAAUUGUGAAUCUCGAGACUGACGAGGCGCACUUUUCGGAUGUUACCCUGAAUUCCUCCAGAGACAGCAAUGACCAGAGCCAGCAGCAGUAUUGUCAUGGGACAGACGUGGACAGUAAACGGAGAAUACUGGGACCUUUUACAAACUUCUUUGCCAGGAAUUUGUUUACCAGAAAGCAGAGUGCAAGAUUUGAAAAACAAAAUGAUGUGCGAUGGAAGUUGUUUGGAAAAGUACCUCUUGGAGAAAACUUACAGAAAGACCCAAAGAAAAUACACAAGGAAUAUGAAGAAAAAACUGGACGAGCUCAGAGACCACUCUCUCCUAAACAGAAUGUGAGGAAGAAUCUUGAUUUUGAACCACUCUCCACUACAGCACUUAUUUUAGAGGACCGACCAGCGAACCUUCCUGCAAAACCAGCAGAAGAAGCUCAGAAACACAGGCAACAGUACGAAGAAAUGGUGGUUCAAGCAAAAAAAAGAGAGCUUAAAGAAGCCCAGAAGAGAAAGAAACAACUGGAAGAACGCUGUAAACUGGAAGAUAGCAUUGGCAAUGCUGUUUUAACUUGGAACAAUGAAAUCUUACCCAACUGGGAAACUAUGUGUUGUUCGCGUAAAGUCCGAGAGCUGUGGUGGCAGGGCAUUCCUCCGAGCGUGAGAGGCAAAGUCUGGAGCUUGGCAAUUGGAAACGAGUUAAACAUCACCCACGAACUAUAUGAUAUUUGCCUGGCUCGUGCCAAAGAGAAGUGGCGAUCACUUAGUACAGGAGGGUCUGAAGUGGAAUGUGAGGAUGCUGGAUUUUCUGCAGCUGACAGAGAAGCAAGCUUGGAGUUAAUAAAACUGGAUAUCUCAAGAACAUUUCCUAGUCUCUGUAUAUUCCAACAAGGUGGUCCUUACCAUGACACGUUGCACAGUAUUUUAGGAGCCUAUACUUGUUACAGACCUGAUGUAGGCUAUGUGCAGGGCAUGUCAUUCAUAGCAGCUGUAUUGAUCUUGAACUUGGAUACUGCAGAUGCCUUCAUUGCUUUUUCUAACCUUUUAAAUAAGCCCUGUCAGAUGGCAUUUUUCCGUGUGGACCAUGGCCUUAUGUUGACUUAUUUUGCUGCAUUUGAGGUAUUCUUUGAAGAAAAUCUGCCAAAGUUAUUUGCCCACUUCAAAAAAAAUAACUUAACUCCAGACAUCUAUCUAAUUGACUGGAUAUUCACAUUGUACAGCAAAUCUUUGCCCCUAGACUUGGCUUGUCGUGUCUGGGAUGUGUUCUGCCGUGAUGGAGAAGAGUUCUUGUUCCGUACAGCGCUGGGAAUACUAAAACUUUUUGAAGAUAUUUUGACCAAAAUGGACUUCAUUCAUAUAGCUCAGUUUUUAACAAAGCUACCAGAGGACUUGCCUUCGGAAGAAUUCUUCACAUCUAUUGCUGCCAUUCAGAUGCAAAGUAGAAACAAAAAAUGGGCUCAGAUACUGGCUGCUCUGCAGAAAGAUAACCGGGAAAUGGAAAAAGGAAGUCCUUCACUGAAACGUUAACGUUGGGUUUGCCUCCAGUGGCUCCCAGGAAAAGAGCAAAAGUGGCAAAAGUAUUGAUUACUGUUUGACACGUAUGAGCCCUACAAAUCAAAGUGUUAGUUCAGUUACAUUUAGUAGUAGAAUAGCCUUAAGGGGGAGAGAAGAAAAUCGAGGAGGAGGAGUGAAAAAAAAAAAAAACCCAAGAAAGAAAAUUAGGGGAUAAACCCCUUAUAAAUUAAACCUAGGCUUAGCCUUAAACUUUUAGUGGUAUGCGCAUAUGCUGUGGAGAGCAUUACACAUUCUGAAACAAAAUAAUAUCAAGGGUUUGGGGGUUUUCUGAAUUUUAUUUCUUAGAUGUUUUAAAAGACUGGAUGUUCAACAAUGUUGGUUGCUUUGACAGCUAUUCCCCUUCCAUUUUUAGGCAGGAUAUAUUUCCAAUACCUGUAAGAGUAACUGGAUCUUGAUUUUAGAUAACUGGUGCUUGAAUUCUAAAUGAUGUAAGGACCAUUUCUUUAGAAAUGCUUCUGAUUUUAUAGGAUGUGGGUCCCAUUUACCAAAGAAAUCAUGUAGACAUAGAACUACAUUCCUUUCUUUAAUAAGAAAAAGUUAAGUAGAAAGUAAGCUUGGAAGAGAAGUCAAACUAGCAGUGCAAAACUAAUUAUUCUUCAAGAUGCCUUGAAAAUUUAUUUUCAAAUCCAAUCUGGAUGCAUAUGGAGGAAAUUCCAUUCAUCAGACUAGAUUCUAAACUCAACAAGAGGGUUCUGGUGUUAAGGUGGCAUCAUUUCCCAAUUUGUACUCUCUUUCCUCUGUUGAAAGCCAAGGUCACGUACUACUAAAUGCACGUUUCCAUGUGUCCCUCUCCUGGGGCACUGCUGUUUCACCAUGUUCUUGCCUACCAUCCACUUACUGUGUGCCAUGUGUCCAGCCAUGGAGAUGAAACUGGACUUAGCAGAUAAACUGAGAAAUGGUUAAAAGCAAUUUUGGUAGCUGCUUUAAACCAAGCAUUUCUCACUGGCAGAACUAAGGAGGAGGGGUGGUAGUUUGCCAGUGUUUCUGCUGAAAAGAAAAGGUUUUGUGGAAUCUCCUGAAGCUGCUGUUGCUGCCUCAGUGGGAAGGUCAUGUGGAGCUGAUCCACAGAGUGACAAGUGAAAGGAGUUUAUUGGGAAAUGUGCCAGACACCAUCAGGAUAAGUACAAGCUGUCAUUUCUGAGCGUUUUAUCUGACCUCUAAAACAUGAGAGCAAGUUACAGUGGCAGCAAAUGGCCAUUACAUAAAUCCCUCAUACAUCGUAGAUCCUCUCUGCAUUCAGGUGAAUGUUGAAGGGCAAAUCAUGAGUGCCUCUGAUUUACAAGAAUGUUUAUUGCAUAGUGUGUAGUGUAAAACCAGUUUUAUACUAAUGAUGAUCAUUGAAAAGGGAAAGGUAACUGAAGCAAUAUUUGUGUUAACUGUGAACAGGCGUUACUCAAUCCUCCAGCUGCAUGGUCAGCAGUUUCCCUGUGCUCUUCAGCUGCUUUAUGCUGAUGAUUUUGGCAUUGUCUGAAUAAAAACAAGAAGAAUAGUUGCACACUGCUCUACUCAACAUACAGUGUAAAGGACUGUGGGACAUAAAACACUGUCCUUUGGUACGGACAUUAUUUCUGUGAGGGAUAAUUUGAUUGUAAUAUUAAGAAGAGUGAGAACAAGAUUCCCUGGUAAGUGAGGACUCAUAAUCACUUUGAAAGAUGUGUAAUGCAAAUGCAGCCUGCAAGUCCAAUACCUCAUUGACCUCUUCUCCUGUCCACUUUGUGUAGCUGGUGUAAUGGAUGUGGUUUUUGUUGGUCAUCUUAAUUCCACCACAAGACAUCACCUCAGUCAUCACUUACUGAAAAUAGACAUUAAAGAUGUGAUAGGAAACAUGUUAAUUCACUCAGAAUUUGUACAGAAUUUGUCCUCCAGUGACUGGUACUUGUAUGCUCCAUUGCUUUGAAGUGCAAUAGAAAGCAGGAAGGUCAGUAAGUGUUUUUUAAUAUUACCUUUUCUAUUACUGCAACAAAUAUGCCUUUCCACGAGGAAUACGAGAGGCCUACCAUCCGAAACAUUUGCACUAUGCUUUUAAACGGUUUAUGGAACACACAGAUCACUUUUUCCUCAAUGUACAUGUUUAGGUGGUACUGUAACUGGCUUCGUGAUUUAAGUCUUCAUUGCAACUACAUUUGUAUUUUCUUUUAAAGCAAGUCUACAAGUGUGGCUCAUUUGUCUGGUUAAAAAAGCAUUUUUAGCUAGUAGGUAUCUCGGCAGCCAUCGACAGCCUGUUCUUUCUCUCUUCUCAAUAAGAUGUUGAAUGUAACAGUGACAGUGGGCAUAGUUGUGGGGAAAAGGCCUGCUGCAACACUCGUGCACUGUUUGUUACUUGCAAAUGUAAUUACUUUGUUUUGUGAUUUGAUCUGUUCUUAGAAGUUGUAUAUAUUUUCUAAAUGAUUUCUUUGUGUAUAUAAGGUAUGUUCUUUAAUGAAGAAACAGCAAUGCAAUAAGGAGCUUUGCACAGUUUAUUUUCAAACAAAAUACAUGUGAAAAAAAUCACCUGCCUAAACAUGCAAUUAUUUUAACUUCUCAAUGACUUGAUUUGAAGGUAAUGCUUGAAUUUUGAUAAAAACAGAGCUGAGUAGUAAUGGCAUAGAAUUUCUUGCCACUGAGCUUUUUCAAGUUUCUUGCAGUAUACCAAAUCUCUUAAUUAGCUAAUACAGAAAUCUUUAAGAAAUUCAGGGAAUUGCAUUAAAAAAUUGACAAUAUAAUUGUUCAGGUACUUCAGAGUAUCUGUAACAAGAUGCAUGAGAUUUUCUUUCAUAGAAUAAAUGUCCCCAUCAAGCAAACUUUCUUUUCUUCAUGGGUUUAAAGAAAAAUGGAACUGCUGCAAUACAUGAAAAGUACCACUGAACGUGCAGCAGAUCAGAGAAACCAGAAAACUCCAGCCAGCUUUGGGAUUCUUUACAAUCUGCACUUUAUAAUAAAGCAGUUUUGCAACUUCGAUCUGAAAUCAAUCAGUAAUAUUAUUUCAUUUAGUAAACAAUUCCAUUUGGGAAAAAAAGGUACCUUGUAACAGCUUAUUUUUGAAUGUUUUAAAACAAGAAUGAUAUAUAGAGAAGUGUUGGUACAUCUCCUGUACAUCAUGUUUAAAUUGGGUUAUGUAGUUACCACGUUUGUUUUGUUUAGAUAUGUGUAUCAAACUGGAACUUUUUUCAACUGUAAAUAUAUGGUUUUGUUAAAUAAAGUCAUGUAAAGUUAUCUUAA